AUGAUUAAUUUCUUCUCCAGAGCCCUAUCCAAGAUUUUGGACAGAUUCGAUAAUGACGAACUUGAUGAAGCCUUCAAAUCAUUUAUAUCAGGAAACGAAAUUUCUCAAACAAAAGCAAUGAAUAAAAUUAUCCCCAUUUCUUUUGACGCCAAUGACUUAUCAUUCCUUGGAUUCCAAGUAACAAUGCUUCUUUCAUGUCAGAGUAUAGAAGCUCGCCAAGUAGGAUUUCGUGCCGCCUCUUUAUUUCUUCAACCAUCUUCACCUUAUGUCGAAAUGAUGCCAGCUAUAUUCCGCAAAGCAAUAAGAACUGAUGAAUUAAUCAUACCGGCUUUGAAAUCAAUGUCUUUCUAUAUUAAUCCUUUCGUAUUCCAUUCAAUUGAAACAGAAUUAUAUACUAUUAUAGAAUCAUCGAGUGAUGUCGGUAGAAAAUAUGCUCUAACUAUAAUGUUUAAAGCAUAUUUAAACGAUUCUUCAAUUAUUCCGAAAUUAAUUCAAUAUAUAAGAGGUGCGAUAUUCCAACCAUCACUGAAAUACACAGCCUUAGCAAUCUUAUGCGAAAUGGCUCAAAGAAAUCCAUUAGAAGUCGGUUCUUUAUUUAAUAUGCUUGUUUCUGAAAUUCCGAUAGCAACUCCUGCAGCUUUUACUAAGAUUUCGAGAAUACUUAAGGCUCUACUUCAAUUGAAUGCUUCAUUAGCUAUAGAUUUAGAAAAACCUUUAUCUCAAUUUAUUACAAGACAAUCAGAUCCUAUUUCAUUAACAGAUGCUGCUGUAGUACUCUCUCAGGUUCAACUUAGCCCUACGAUCUACGCUCAACUUGGAACAAAACUACAAAAUAUCAUUGCUGUUGAUACUAAUCCGAAUAUAACUGCAUGUGUAUUAUCAGCGCUUAAAAUGAUGUCUCGGCGGUUUAAACCAUCGGCUUCUAUCAUUUCUCCAAGUAUUGAUUCAGUAGAUUCUUCUAUUAGAGGUCCUGCGAUUGCCAUUCGAGCCAUUUCAGCUAAGGAUCAAAGAUCUUCUGGUGAACUAUAUAGAUUUAUUACAGAAACGAAGGAUAUUGCUUCUGUUUCAGAACUUUUACAAAUUUCCAGAAACGAUGGUCCGAUUUUCGUUUCAAUUAUAUCGGGAUUGUACGAUUUAGCCAUACCUGGAACUCUUCCACUGAUUGCUGAUGCAAUUAAAUCGAUUUCUGAUUCAAAUACUCAAAAAUUAUUCCUCAAAGAAAUCUCGGAAACCAUUUUUGAGCCUCCAGAUGACAUCGUUGGACUUGCUAUUGCAUCAGCAAUUAGCGAAUGGUCGACAGAUCCCGAAGAUAUCAGAGUAUUAAUUCCUCCCCUCAUUGCAACGAAGUCAGAACUAUACCAGGCAUCAAUGAUAACUUAUGCCACAUCGUUCUGGCUACGUUUGCAGUUCGAAAUUGAAACAGGAAUUGUUAAUAGACUGGCUGUGCUGACACAAUCAAGUUUCCAUGAAGUAAGAAGUGCGGCAUCUCUAUUUUUGGACUUGAUUAAUUCUAUACCAAUUGAAAGUGAUGAUUCAUGA